CAGCAUGUGGUCCUGUCCAGGGUGCUGAAUUGAACUCUCACGAUCUCCGUCGGGGUUCCAAGUGUUUUCCAAAACAUCCGGGGUAUUCUCUGUCCUCCUCAGUAGCAAACUGACCUAAACGGGCUAACUUUAAAAAUGAACACAGUCCUUCCUUUUACAUGUUUUCUCUCCUCAGAGCCACUUUAUCCGGACCAAAGUCCUUUCGAGUAUGAUUAUGAAACGCUGCGGACCACUGGUGUCAUACUGGCGGUGAUCAUGUUCGUGUCUGGGAUUCUUAUAGCUCUGACCCUGCCGAAGGAUCCAAAGUACCGGUACCACAGACAGAAGUGCCUCCUCAGACUGCAUGAGGGAGGCUGCAUGUGUCAGCACUGGAAGGAGUUGUUGCCAGCGCUGACCAUGGCGGAUCUCCUUCGCACACCGAGACAGACAGACAGACAGACAGGGUGCAUGGUAACCAGCAUCUCCUCGAUGCCCAGGCUUCUCUUCCUGGCCCCUCUCCUCCCAACGCACACUUUGUUUUUAUCCUCCUUUAUUUCACCAGGGUAGUCACAUUGAGGCCAUUGCCUCUUUUUCAAGUCAGCCCAGGUUGUUUGUUUGUAUUGCACACAGUCACCUAGCCAAGACAUUUUGUACCUGUUGCUGUUCUUUUGGGGAUUUUUCAAUCUAGUCCCUCUUUGAGUCAAGAAGGAGAUGUAAGAUGAAGAAAAUAAAUAAAUCUACCGCUUGCCUGGACUUUCCUGUCAAUAUUAUCCCCCUUGAAUAUUCACAAGUUUCCAAAUUAUCCUUAUUUGGUGGUCUCCAUUUGUACUCGUGUGUAAGGGGUUAAUGUGUAUGAAGUGUGCUCUGUGUGGAUUUCCCUUAUUAUCAGUAAUUAUAUCACACAGCCAGAACAAAAACAACUUGGGUGGAGGAGAGAGAGAAAGGGGAAGUUGAAUGGCUCUAGUAGCACUCUGAGGGGAUUUUGACUGUUACUCUCCUACUUCACUUUCCACUUCCCUAUUGACUGCAUGACGACAUCUAACUUAAAAAUGCUAGUGAAUAUUAUUCAGGCCAUUUUGGUGUACUGCUUCCCCUCCCAAAUCUAAAUGAAGUUAAUUGCUAAAGCAGACAGCAGGGAAUACUUGUGAUUUUCUUCCCUCUGCGGAGAGGUCAGUAGGGAGGUUUAAAGAUUCAAAACACAGAGGAUACAGGAUCUUAUGAUACAGGAUCCUAUGAUCUCUGUCUAAGUAUUAUAAAGACCUUAUGAUCUCUGUAUAAGUAUUUGUUCAAAAUGUGUAUGUUUUAUUUGUUUUCAAACACUCUGAAGUAGACUGCACUUGCCUUGUCCUUAACAUUUACUGUAUAACAUCCCAUUUGCUAUGCUCAACUGUGAAAUGGUGUAAAUAACAAAAUGACUUUAUACAUGUUAUGGCAUAUGAAACUAAAAACAGUGUUGAGAGGAUGGUAAAAAAAAAACAACAACUUUGCACUACAUGUGAGGAUAUCGCUUACAGACUGUUCAGACUUUGUUGUGUGAAUGAAAUUUGUGUUUAAGUAUGUAUUGAAUGAGUGAUACCACCUCAAUCACACCGGAAUGAAUUAUUGUUAUUUAAGACUUAUUUAUUUCAUGAAUGGCAUAUCAAUCAUUAAUACAGUCAACCACCAUAUUACACAUUGGAAAUGUAUAGACAUGAAUAAAAAGAUGUGAUUUCAA